GUGUAUGUCAAUUUGACGACAAGUUUCUUUCAUAUGCUGAAACAGCAUUAAAUUGUGUAUAUAGUGGAAAAUUAUAUAAUUUGAUAGAGACUGCGCAUUUGAGUAAACCUGGUCGUUAUUUAGCCAAGGAAUUCGGGAUACCGGAAAGUGAAGAUGUUUUGUUCGGUAUGUUUAGGUACGGUAAUCCAGAUGAUCUUACAAGCAGUAUUGAAGAGUCUGUCUUGUGUAUCUUUCCAAAUAAUAACAUAAAACAAGUGUUUACUCGUAAUACACAGAAAUGUUUCCAAGGUAUUGGGACAACUGGACCGGAUCAUUUUGGCAUUUUUGAUUCUCCCUGUUUCCUGACAAGAAUAAACAUUGGAGAUGAUUAUUGUGGUGAGUACGACAUUAACAAUCCUAUAGAUGGCCCAGAACCUGUUUCAUCUACAGGAGUUAUCUCGUUAGAUAUCACUGCUUCUUCGCUCAUGGUAACCACCACAUCAACUGGUCACAGUGUAGCAUUUGUCGGAACUAGCUCAGGGAAAAUAAAGAAGAUCAGGAUUCAAACAAGUUCGAUUGUAAAAGAAUAUGACGAAGUAGCUUUAGAUAUUGGAAUACCUAUCUUAAAAUUUACAGUUGUUGGUAACAAUCAAGAUACACUAUAUGUGCUCACUCCAAAAAAUGUGUGUGGUUUUUAAUCUCAAUUUGUAGGUGUCUCAAUAUUUAAUUUGAUUU